AUGGGGCUGAUUAUUCAUCAUGUAAACCCUCUCAAGUUGAUUUUGUUACUUUCUACUCUCUACACUUUAUCAGAUUGCUAUGACCCUUUGGAUCCAAAUGGGAACUUUUCUAUAACUUUUGACAUUAACAACCGUUUGGACAACGGAUAUCUGGCAACGGUGACACUUCAAAAUUAUCAUCAGUAUCGGCAUGUAGACAAACCAGGGUGGAAACUAGGAUGGACAUGGGCUAACAAUGAGGUGAUAUGGUCAAUGAGUGGUGCAAUUGCAACUGAUAGAGGUGAUUGUUCAUCUUACAGUGGUUCUCAGAUGCCACAUUCAUGUAAGAAAGAUCCUAUCAUAGUUGAUAUAUCUCCGGACGUCACACAAAACAGGUCCGUCCGUUGCUGCCGCGGCGGCCGCCUCUCUGCCCGAGCUAUUGAUUCUCUCAGUUCAUUAACUUCAUUUGAACUUGAAGUAAGAAACUUGGACCAAAAAGAAAAUUCAAUUGGACAAGCACCUAAGAAUGUUACAUUCAUGGCGCCGGGUCCUGGUUACACUUGUAGCCCUUUUAUGGUUACCGAUCCCUCGGUGUCCUUAGAUUUAGGAGGAGUAAGACAAGUUCCAGUUAUAAGAACUUGGAAGUCAAUAUGUACAUAUUCAAGUUUCUUGGCAAACAAGUCACCGGUAUGUUGUGUUUCCUUCUCCACAUUUUACAAUCCUAUCAUCACACCGUGUCGUAAUUGCACUUGUGGCGGAUGCAGGGAAGCCGAUAAAAACACACUGUCUUGCAUAAGGCCAAGUGAUUCUUUGGGAGGAUCGAAUGACGAGAAAAACAUAAUCCGAUGUACUGACCACAUGUGUCCAAUUCGAGUCCAUUGGCAUUUCAAGAACAACUAUAUGAAUCAAUGGAGGGUGAAGCUUACAAUUUCUAACUACAAUUUCAAUAGAAACUACUCGAAUUGGAACGUCCUGGUUCAACAUCCGGGUUUUAGCCAAAAAGCAACAACUUACAGCUUCAACAGCACUAAACUUCCCACUCUUGUGGCAGAUGGAGUUGCACUUUUUUGGGGAAUAGAUUAUUUCAACAAUGAAUUAAUGCAUUCUGAUAAGGAUGGGGUAGGUUCUGUGACAACAGAGAUACUAUUGGAAAAAGAUCAGAACUCAUUCACAUUGCAAAAUGGAUGGACGUUUCCAAGAAGAGUAUAUUUCAAUGGUGAAAACUGUGACAUGCCUUUACCUGACACAUUUCCUAUGUUACCAAAUGGUAGUUACUUUUUUAGACCAAAUUCUCUUGCUUUCAUUUUUUCAUUAAUUUCUUUGUUACUUGUAAAACUAUAG